AUGGAUUCUUUCCCAAAUCCCCACGUCGCCCAGUCCGAUGCUGGCGAUGUUGCGAGUAUAUUAUCAUCCAGAAUGACGGAUAUUGCCUCAGAUGAUGGAGGAGAAUACGAACACGCAACAAUUGACCCUGGCCGCGUAAUCACACAAUCACCGCGGAAUCAACGGCGGAGCAUACAAACUGCGACGGGAGAGGGAGCCUCGAGACCGGAUACUGCUUUGACUGGGGUCUCAUCGCAACGAGGAGCAUGGCCGCACUCGCCUCCAUCCCGAAGGGGAUAUCCUGCUGGAAACACUCUGCAGAGGGGCGGCACUAUGGGUAGUAUAUCUGGCUCGACUGGUACCCGGCCCCCCAGCUCAAGUAGGACUCAUGUGCCUUCCCUUACCUCGCACGCUUUUUUCCAUCCGAUGAGUUCGCAGCGGCUGCAAGCUCAGCGAGGGCCCCGUCCGCCCACGGUACACCAGAACGAAGAUGGGUCUGCCGAAGGUGGGAGUAGUGUGGGUAGGCAUAGUGUCAAUUCGAAUAAGACACUGAGGCAGGCACACCAUUCACAAGAGGGCCGAUAUGGUCCAGUACCGCCUUCACCAGGGACUGAGAUGACCGAACAAGAUACAGCUGGGAGAAUUACGGCCAACACCAGCCCUACUUAUGGAUUCCAUACAACGGGUAGUCUCUCGGAUAGCGUACGGCCUCUUCAGAGCAACCCUGCCAAUACUAAAGGCCUGAGUGUAAACAUCGAUAAAAGUUACAAAAACGGAACAACUGUUCCCACGCCCUCUAAAUCUCCCCGAUCCUUCCGUUCCAGCUUCUUAUUACCGUCGAGAGGGGAUGUUGCUCCGAAUAGCCCGAAUCGAAGUACACACGGCAGGGAGAAGCUAUCAUCUGUCGCAUCGUCACCUGGUUUGACACCGGUUGAUCCGCCAAAGGCUCCACCGAAGCUGAAGUCUGGAAAAAAUUAUGAGUAUUUCACAGGAAAUAUGGUCUUCUGCUGGGGAGGUCGACUGCAGAAUACUCGAGACAAGCCCAUUAAUAUAGCCACGGGCUUAUUUGUCGUCCUUCCAGGAGUUCUUUUCUUUGUAUUUUCUGCGUCUUGGUUAUGGCACAACAUUUCACCAGCCAUACCUAUAUUAUGUGCCUAUAUCUUUUAUAUUUGCUUGUCCUCUUUCAUUCACGCCUCCGUUUCCGAUCCCGGGAUCCUUCCUCGAAAUCUCCAACCAAUGCCACCGCUGGAUGAGAAUGAAGAUCCUCUAACUCUGGGCCCGCCCCUGAACGACUGGGUCUUAAUUAAGUCUGCACAAUCGAGCGCUGCCGCCAUGGAGGUACCGGCCAAGUACUGCAAAACUUGCAAUAUAUGGCGUCCGCCUCGAGGUCAUCAUUGUCGGGUCUGUGACAACUGUGUCGAGACACAAGACCAUCACUGCGUAUGGCUCAACAAUUGUGUCGGUCGACGUAACUACCGCUAUUUUUUCACCUUCGUCAGCUCUAGCACCCUCCUUGGACUUUAUAUCAUUGGAGCUAGUCUCACGCAAAUCAUCACCUACAAGAACCAAAACCACAUUUCAUUCAACGAAUCCAUCAGUCACUUCCGCGUCCCAUUCGCGAUGGUCAUCUAUGGAAUCCUAGCUACCCCAUACCCGGCCGCCCUAAUGGGCUACCACCUCUUUCUCAUGGGCCGUGGCGAAACUACGAGGGAAUACCUCAACUCGCAUAAAUUCCUGAAGAAGGACCGCCACCGCCCAUUCACGCAGGCCAAUGUCUUCAGAAAUUGGAUCGCUGUCCUCUGUCGGCCGAGGCCGCCUACGUAUUUGAACUUCAAGAGGAAAUAUGAGGACGGCGAUCAAAGAUUUGGCGAGCGGAAAGACAAACGUACUGCGCCCUUGAAAACGGAAUAUCAGGGUGGCGUAGGAGUUGGGGUCGACAUGGAGCUGCGCGAUGUUGCCACGGGCUCUCAAGGGCCUGCUACUACGCGGAAGCCGCCAAGUCCCAGAGUAUGA